CACAGUAGUAGCUAUGCACCGCGAACGACACUGAGGAGAUUCACCCUCUACCGCCUCCGGCGAACUUUUCGGUGUGGCUGUCGCGCAGGUCGUCUCGAUAGCGAAAACCCCCAUCGCCGCUUCGCAGCUGACUACUGCGCAGCCUGUCAGGCCGCGCUCGAGGUCGCCAAGUUCCUGGUGAUGGCGCAACCCCAGCAGGGCCCAAACCUCGCCGUGCGUCUGUGCGAGUACUUCAACUACAGCACGACCCUCGAUUGCGAGACGACGUAUGGGAUAUACACACUUGGCUCGGUCAUGACGCAGACGAUCGCGGCCGCAGACGUCGGAGGCUACGACGGGCAGACCAUAUGCAACCAGUUUCUUAGUCUCUGUCCGCGGCCACCCACGAGCCCGCUGGACUUGGAUAGCUGGUUCGCGAAGCCGAAACCUAACCCGCUCCCUCCGCCCAAGCAACCCACGGGGGAGCGCCUGAAGAUCCUACACUUAUCCGACUUGCACAUCGAUCCUCGUUACGCUAUCGGAGCGGAGGCGAACUGCAGCCAGUACUUGUGUUGCCGCGUGAAUGGCUACAACGAGAACAGUCUUAACCAGACAGUGCGACCUGCUCCUCGGUUUGGUGCCUUCAAUUGCGAUUCCCCCUACCCCUUGAUUGUCGCAGCGUUGCAAGCGGUGCCGGCCCUCACAGGCACGGAAGAGACUGGCUUCGACUUCACGAUCUUUACUGGCGACCUGAUCCCCCACGACCCCGCCAACAAGCUGUCAAGGGUAAUCACUUGGGACGAUACCAAUCCGAUUGCAAACCCUACGAACCCAUCGUCAUUCGAUACUCUCCUCAUGUCAUCACGGGUGUAUUAUGCCAACAAUGCAACCAUGAUGAGCGCCGAAACCGCUCAGACUGUCGUGUGGCGAACUACAACGUCGGCUUCCGAGUUUAUGAGGUCGACUCCAGGGUGGGUCGCCCUCGGCUCACAUCUGCAGACAUUCGAAGUCCUUGAUUCGUAUACCUACUAUGCCGAUGUCAACCCUUUCCCCGACCUGGAUGGACAGACCGAAUUCGGCCCCGCAUUCGAAAUGGAGUACAGUGCUCGCGGCGCAUAUGGCGCAAUGAUAGAAUGGGGUGUCGACGACCCUCUGAACGCUACCUGGUGGCAUCUAGUGACAGAUGCAAUGGAGGCGAACUCGACUCUCGUUCAGAUGUUCAGCAACUACCAGUACAAGAGUUCCAUUCGCUACCCUCUGUGCACUGGGAACUGCAUUCCCAACAAGAUCUGCUCCAUACGGGGCGGCAGCGCCAGUCUUAUUGCCGAGCUCAAGAGGGAUUAUGUUGAAGUCAAGCCACAUCUUGCAAAGCCCUUUGUGGGGAUUUAUCUCGAUCUCGAGAGCUAUCUGUAUUUCUCCGCCACAGCACUGGUCGUGUAUGAUUUCUUGUUGACCCUUGAUCGCGAAGUCUCGUACGUCUGGAGGGCGAAGCAGUCAGUUUCAUCGCUGUUGUUCUACAGCUUCCGAUAUGCGGCCCUCCUCAACAUCGUCCCCACGCUGCUCAUUCGCAUGUCGUUGCCCGAGUUGCAAUCCAAUUGGAGCUGCGGUAUCAUGCUGCAUGUCCAGAUGGCGUUGGAUAUCAUCAUUCUCGUGAGCUCCACCGUCUUCGCUGCGCUUCGCGUCUACGCCAUGUUCAACCGUGGUCGAUUGCUGUUCAGUCUUGUGCUGAUAGCUGGUUUGCUAAAUCCUGCCAUCUCGAUCUACAUCUUCAGGAGGUCGCUUCCAACGUUGGACGCCUAUCUCAAGCGUGAAGCAUGUAUGUUGACUAUCAUAGGUGACGAUACGUCAUAUGAGAAGUGGAUGAUUGGAGCAAGAGCAGCCUCCGUGGUUUCCGAUGGCAUCGUGUUAGCUUUAACUGUCGCUAGGACUCAAACACUGACUAAAGCACGCCGGAAUCAACGUGGGGACGGCGUGGCGUCGACAUUGAGUGGGGUACUCUUUCGAGAUACGGUUUCGUGUUUCUCGUUAUUAUGUAUCAUCAACGUGAUUGGGAUGGCCACGGGCCGCCUGACAGAAUUCAUUGAGAUCUGGCAGCUGUGGACCGCUACUUUUACUUCUGUCCUGCUGUCGCGUCUCUUCUUGGACCUUCGCGAGGUAUCAGAUACAGACGACGGCGGGAAGUCUGACUUCCUCUCUCGCACUCUCCCGAGUUUUCGCACGGGAUCGUCGGAUACGUCAACACAGAUCACAGAGGCACUGGAGAUGUAGCUUGAGAUGAAUUUCAUUGAUGCUAGAUCGUGACGCGGUCCAUAAGGAAACCAUCGGAUGUCUAGGCCUACUUAUUUGUCGCAGUCAGACC